UACACCAGUAUUCUAUUACUCUGACUCGGCUCUUACUAGGGAACGCCUACCAGCCAUAGGAGGUAUUUGAGUUUACAGGCCUUAAGCAUUAAGUAGGCCUUGGGAUAACUGAGUCUGCGUGCCAAUUUUUGAAAAUGGAGGAUUCUCCAGUAAAUCGAAGGAGAAAGAGAUCUACAGGAAAAUCGACAUUGCCUCUUGUUUGUCGAGCUGGGAUAAAUCAGCUUACUUUCAGAAUAUUGCUUACUGGCCCAGGAAACGUCAUACCAGCUCUUGCCAGGCAAAUGAAAAAAUGCAUCACUGAAACACACAACAUAAAAGAUGUUGUAGUUCAUUAUGCAGUUUCUCUUACCGAAGAAAUUGCUCUGAAGCUACGCGAUACAGGUUUGCAUGGCAUUGUUCUUUGUGCAAAUGCCUCUAUGUCAACAACUACAUCAAGUAUCCAGGAAACACUUAAAUAUUUGGAUUUUGAUUUAAUAUCUACUUCAUUACAUAUUCUUAAUCUUGUUCAACCGUCUCGAUCUGUGUUUUCUUCUGUGGCUGAUGCAAUUGAAAAACUUUCAAUUGCUUAUAACACUCCCAUUAUCAAUAUUGUGCUUGAACAUGAAAGAAGUGUGAACUUUGGACUUGACCGUGUUUGUACAGCUGCCUUGCGUGGAGCCAGAUUCAUAUAUGGCUAUGAACAUGCAAAUUUAAAUGCAGCUGAUUUUCUUCAUCUUUUUGAGGGUUCUGAUUGAUUCUCCGUACGCCGUAAUACAUUUUGCUUAAAUGAA